AUGUAUGGAAAGUGUGGGAGCGUACAAGAUGCCCGAGCUGUCUUUGAUGAUCUCGCUAGCCCCAAUUCCCAUUCUUGGGCAUUGCUCAUUUGUGCAAUUGCCAACAAUGGGCAUCUUGAUCAUGCUGAGAUGGUUCUUGAUUCUAUACCCGAGACCAAUGUCGUAGCCUGGAAUUCACUUCUUACUGCAUUUUCCAACCACAGCCAUUUUGACGAGGUGGAGCGCUUCUUUUCUAGAAUGCCAGUGAGGGAUACUGUUUCAUGGAACGCAAUGUUGGUAGCAAUUGCCAGAACUGGGCAUAUGAUAAAAGUCAAAGAUUUCUUUCAAAAAAUUCCUAAUCCCAACACUGUUUCAUGGAACAUUCUCCUUCAAGCCCAUCUUGAUAAUCAAGAGCUAUCCAUACAAGAGGUUGAAAAAUUCUUCUUUGAAGUCUUUCCUAACAAGGACGUUAUUUCCUGGACAACUAUGCUAACGGCAUAUGCCCGCUCUGGGUAUCUUGAGAAGGCCAAAGAAACCUUUGACCGCUUAAUGCCACGUUGCAACCUGGUGACGUGGAACUCUCUCCUGCAAGGUUUUGCAGAUGCGUGCCACGUGGAUGAGGCAAAGCGUCUGUUUGACCAGAUGCCUCUGCGAGACAUUGUCUCCUGGACAGCUAUGCUUACGGCAUAUGCCUCUUCCGGGCAUCUUGAAGAUGCCAAGCGUGUGUUUGAGAACAUCCCUGCACGGAAUGUAGUGACGUGGAACGCAAUGCUCCAAUCGUACGUCCACGCCAGGCGCCUGGAAUCUGUCAAGUGCAUAUUCGACUCCAUGUUGGAGCGGAACAUUGUGACGUGGACGACCAUGCUCGUGGGAUAUGCCUGGGAUGGCCAGGUGGACAGUGCCACGUUGCUCUUCUUCACAAGAAUGCCAGAGUGGCACAUUGUGUCAUCGACCGCAAUGGUGACGCUAUAUGCCCAAAACGGGUAUCUGGAGGAUUCCAAGUGCGUGUUUGAUUCUAUGCCUGAGCACAAUGUGGUGUGUUGCACAGCACUUAUGCUUGGAUAUGCCCAGUCUGGGUAUAUUCAAGAAGCAAAGAAAAUAUUCGACAGAAUGCCAAACCACGACCUCAUCUCGUGGAAUGUUUUAGUGGCCGCUUAUGCCCAAAACGGGUAUAUGCAAGACGCAUCAACUUUGUCCACUCUAAUGCCCGCCAAAGACACGUCGAGCUGGAACGGGAUGAUGGGGGCUCUCAUAGGCACCAUGAAUCUUCACGAUGCCAAUAGCAUCUUUGCGGAGAUCCCAGACAAGGACAAGUUCUCGUGGAACAUCGCCAUAACCGGGUGUGUGAGGAACGGUCGCGUGAGUGCCGCGAGAGUCCUUUUCGAGAGGAUGAGCGAGUGGGAUCUAGUCUCGUGGAACAACUUGAUCGCGGCGUAUGCCCACUAUGGGCAUAGCAUCGACGCCAUCGAGCUCUUCCAGAGAAUGGAGUUCCAUGGCGAGAGCCCCGAUGAGAUCUCGCUCGUGAGCGUUCUUACCGCGUGUAGCCGCGGGGGGCUGCUCGAGAGGGGCCAUUCUUACUUCCUCUCGAUGAAGGAGAGGCAGCUGCGAUCUUGCAGAGAUCACUACUGCUGCAUGGUGGAUUGUCUCGGUCGAUCGGGCCACUUGGGCAGUGCGGAGGAGUUGAUCCAUUCCAUGCCUUUCAUGCCGGAUCCAGUGGCGUGGGGCGCACUGCUCAAUGCGUGUCGCCUCCACUGCGAUGUCGAUCGAGGAGCUAGAGUGGCAGAAAACAUUCCCGGGAAUGGAGCUCCUUACACUCUAUUGUCUGAGAUCUAUGCAACCUCUCACAUCUCUUCUCGUAGAGAGUUCUUGCCUUUCCACCAACGAGGAAAACGCAGUGAUUUGUAG